UUGACUUCUAUAAAUUGGAUACCUACGUCUUCUUGUCAUUCCUGAGUUUGUUUUCUUUUUUAUUUAUUUAUUCUUUAAAAUGUCUAAAAAUGUACACGCUAAUCCACGGUUUUUAUAAAUAUGUUAUUCAAAAAGAUGAAUAUUUUGUUUUAAUUCUAGGACUUGACAAUGCGGGUAAAACGACAUAUUUGGAGGCAGCUAAAACGAAAUUUACUAAAAAAUAUAAAGCCAUGAACCCCAAUAGAAUAACGACCACAGUAGGUUUAAAUAUAGGAAAAAUAGAUGUAGACGGUGUCAGACUGAAUUUCUGGGAUUUAGGAGGUCAACAGGAACUGCAGUCCCUGUGGGAUAAGUAUUACGCUGAAUGUCAUGGUGUUAUCUACAUUGUUGAUUCUUCAGACCGAGAAAGAGUUUCAGAGUCUAAAGAAACUUUUGAUAGGAUGAUAGCAUCUGAACAUCUAGCUGGGAUACCACUUUUGGUGCUCGCUAACAAACAAGACAUUCCAGAUUGUAUGGGCGUGCACACAGUUAAACCGAUAUUCAAUCAAAAUGCUCACUUAAUCGGGGCAAGAGACAUUAUGUUGAUGGCAACAUCUGCCUUAAUGGGCGAUGGAGUGGACGAGGGCAUCAGGUGGCUUGUGGAUUGCAUCAAAAGGAACAGUAUCGAGAGACCUGCGCGUAAUCACGACGACAAUUUGUAAUACUUAACAAUCGCGACAUUAAACAUAUUAGUAAUACCACCGCUGUACAAUGAAUAACAAUUAGCUUUCCGAUUAGGAUAAUGUGACUCGCGCCAUUGUUUUGUUCAUACAUAUUGACAUUUUAAAAUAAAUUAUAAAACGAA